AUGGCCAGUUUGGCACGGGGAAGGCCGGGCCAAGAGUUCUUCAAGAAGCACAAGGGGGAGCUUGAGAUGCGUCUUGAUGUCCUUGCACCUCUUCUUAUCCACCUGCAGAGUGGCGAGGUCCUCUCUGGCCUGGAGAGGGAAGAGGUGGAGAAAGGUGGAACAACCAGCCAGAGUAAGAACUUUGCCCUCAUAACCAUGCUGGAGAAGAAAGGAGCCGUAGCACAAGAGAGGUUUUAUGAGGCUCUCAAGAAACACAACCCUCUUUUGGUGGAGGAUCUUCAGCGCUCAGUAGUGCCUGAGACACAGCAAAGAGGAGAUAUUCCUCCUCCUGGGCAGAUCCAGUUCACUUCAGUGCAGCCAGACUCUGUGUCCUUUAGCUGGUCACCACCAGAGGGCGCUCCUGGGCCCCACAGGUUCAGAGUGACAUGGACAGGAGGUGAAAAGCAGCGCAGCAUGACAGUGGGACGUUUGGGUCUGACAGCGACAGAACUGAUUCCAGGAGAGAAGUACCACUUUGCUGUGGCCACCAUCACUGAAGAUGAUCAUCAGAGCUCAUGUGCGGAGAGAUGUGUUCACACAGAGGUUCCUCCACCAGAGAAUCUCACUGUGGAUUUGAGCUCAUUGACGGCCUCUCUGAAGUGGACCAAACCUGCCGGAGUGGACCAGGUGUCUUACCUGCUGGAGCUUUUCAGAGAUCAGAAAAGCAUUGAUGCCGUCCACAGAGAUUCUCCCAGUUAUAUAAUCACUCUACAAUAUGGAGGGAAUUACACCAUCAGUGUGCACACUGUACUUAGCAAUGGGCGUCAAAGUAAACCAAGCAGCCAGAUCUUUAAAAAAGAGAUUCCAGUCCCUGACCGUCUGGCUGUGAGCUCCAUCACCACGUCAUCUGCUAGCCUCAGCUGGGAGUUGUCUCUUGAGAUGGAGCAGACUCCACACAGUUUCCUGGUCUCUUACCAGAGUGAAGGGACUGAGCCACAGACAACCUCUUCAGAGUCAUGCAGCACAGACAUCACAGGCCUGAAACCAGGAACUGAAUACACUGUUAUAGUCUACACUGAGCUUAAAGAAGGAGGAAAGAGCAAGCCUGCUUCCAUGACGAUUAAGACAGGUCACCAGCAGUGGUGCUCACAACUGAACCUGGUGCUGCUGGGAGAGUGCGGCUCUGGGAAGAGUGCCAGUGGAAACACCAUCCUGGGAUUUGAAGCUUUCAGAUCAGUGCCUAGUUCCAAGCCCGUCACCACUGACUUCAAGUUGGAAUCAAAGGUUAUCUAUGGAACAGAGGUGCAAGUAAUCGACAAUCCAGACUUCUUUGAUGAUGAGCUUCCUCAGCAAAGCAGACAUGUUAUGGAUUGCAGGGAGAUGUGUGAGGUUGGUGUCUGUGUGUACCUACUGGUCAUUCAGAUUGGACGCUUCACUGAGGGAGAGAGAGACAUUUUAAAGGAGUUAGAGGAUGCACUACAGAUCAAAUUAAGGAACAGAGCCAUCAUCCUCUUCACACGUGGAGAUGAUCUGGGACGUCAGGAGAUUGAUGAAUAUGUGAAAUGCACUUCUCCACACCUUCAGAAGCUCAUUUACAAUUGUGGUAAUAGAUAUCAGGUGUUUAACAACAAUAAGAGGGAUGGAGAGCAUCAGGUGAAAGAGCUCUUGAAAAAGGCAGCUAAACUGGUGAAGGAGACCUAUGGAGUUGGAGUCUUCCCAGAAUAUGAAUCAGGGAGAUCAGUGGUUGCUGCAGGCCCGGAAGUGGGUCCCACUCUGUUCCGUUCAUGCGUGGUGAAGUGCAGAAUCGCGGGCCUUGAGACGUGGCUGCUUCUGGAAAACCCUCUUGUGAAAUCCAGCGACCGGAGUUUCUCGAGUCGUCUGCAGCCGGGGCGCCCUAAACAGAAGCGCGUCUGA